AUGAGUGGUGAGACUCAAUCUUUUCUGCAGGAUGCAACCUCUAAUGCUUGUCUAGCCAUCCAGAACCUCCAUAAUACCGACUAUUACGACGCUGGUACACCUCUCACCCUCGACCUCGGCGCGGCGAGGCGUGUGACCGUCACAGUAGUUCAACACUUGUCCUCGACCACGAGCCAGGUUUUCACCGUCAAAAUUUCCACCGAUGAAUCACAACGUCUUCACUUGCCACCUUCAGACAUCUUCGUCAUGAAGAUUUUCGACUCGCGCUUCCUGAAGCAUCGUCUCGAAGACGAUCACCCGUGGAACUUAGAACUUGAGACCAAGGCGCGCGAAAUGCCCGCUAAGCGAUCCCCGGAUGGCGAACUGAUACACCCACAUCAUGUUGGCACGGAAGACCCUCUCGAAUGGGAGUUAUUCUACCAGAACACCAUGCUUGAUAUGUUCAAUACCGAAAAACGCGCCUAUUCCAUCCUCCGUUCCUUCCAAGGCCGCCACAUUCCUCGAUGCUACGCCUCCGGAACGCUAUGGAGUCCUCCUGGUGAACGCGCUGUCAGUCUCCCCAUUUUAUUAUUCGGAUAUCUUGAUGGAGAACCGUUGGCGUCUUUCCACCACGAUGCGACGCGCAUAACGCGCAAGGUUUACUCUUCACUUCAUCGCCUUCUUCGAGAAUUCAAACGCAAAGGGGUCGCCCAUACGGACAUUCACGAUCAUAAUAUACACCUAGUCUCGGUGGGCCGUGGCAAAUACAGGCCCUUCAUUCUAGAUUUCGGAUGCUCGAUCAUACGGGAAGGAAUGACGAAUGAGGAAUGGGAAGAGGAGUAUGAUGAGUUGGGCGAUCUAGAUGCUUUGAAGUACGUGUUCAGGCGCCUCGGGUUUGAGUACGGCUUCCAGCCGGACCGUGGAAUCAAGAAUCUGUUAAGGAGUAUUUUGUAUCUCUGGAAAUCCCACAUUCUCGACUCCGUCAGAGCCAUGCGCGCCAAAUUUGCGACGCCCGCAUUCCUCCUCUCACAAUCACCGUGA